ACUCAGUGAGUCCCGCGCGCGCCGCCCGCUCCGGCCGCCUGCGCCUCCCGCCGCGCCCGCCCGGGAUGUAUUCGUCCCCGCUCUGCCUGACCCAGGAUGAGUUCCACCCGUUCAUCGAGGCGCUGCUGCCGCACGUCCGCGCCUUCGCCUACACCUGGUUCAACCUGCAGGCGCGCAAGCGCAAGUACUUCAAGAAGCACGAGAAACGGAUGUCCAAGGAUGAGGAACGGGCGGUGAAGGACGAGCUGCUGGGCGAGAAGCCCGAGGUCAAGCAGAAGUGGGCAUCCCGGCUGUUGGCCAAGCUGCGCAAGGACAUCCGGCCCGAGUGCCGUGAGGACUUCGUGCUGGCCAUCACGGGCAAGAAGCCGCCGGGCUGCGUGCUCUCCAACCCUGACCAGAAGGGCAAGAUGCGUCGCAUCGACUGCCUGCGCCAGGCCGACAAGGUGUGGCGGCUGGACCUGGUCAUGGUCAUCCUGUUCAAGGGCAUCCCGCUCGAGAGCACAGACGGCGAGCGCCUGGUGAAGGCGGCGCAGUGCGGCCACCCCGUGCUCUGCGUGCAGCCCCACCACAUCGGCGUGGCCGUCAAGGAGCUUGAUCUCUACCUGGCCUACUUCGUGCGAGAGCGUGACACAGAGCAGAGUGGCAGCCCCCGGGCAGGCAUGGGGACCGACCAGGAGGACAGCAAGCCGGUCACGCUGGACACCACUGACUUCCAGGAGAGUUUCAUCACCUCCGGCGUGUUCAGCGUCACUGAGCUCAUCCAGGUGUCGCGCACUCCCGUGGUCACCGGGACAGGCCCCAACUUCUCUCUGGGGGAGCUGCAGGGGCACCUGGCCUACGACCUGAACCCGGCCGGCACGGGCGUGCGACGGACGCUCCCCAGCACCUCCUCCAGCGGGAGCAAGCGGCACAAAUCCGGCUCGAUGGAGGACGACGUGGACACGAGCCCCGGCGGCGACUACUACACCUCGCCCAACUCGCCCACGAGUAGCAGCCGCAACUGGACGGAGGACAUGGAAGGAGGUAUCUCUUCGCCGGUGAAGAAGACCGAGAUGGACAAGUCGCCCUUUCACAGCCCGUCGCCCCAGGACUCGCCCCGUCUCUCCAGCUUUACGCAGCACCACCGGCCGGUGAUCGCGGUGCACAGCGGCAUCGCCCGCAGCCCCCACCCGUCCUCGGCCCUGCACUUCCCCACCACAUCCAUUCUGCCCCAGACGGCCUCCACCUACUUCCCCCACACGGCCAUUCGCUACCCGCCUCAUCUCAACCCUCAGGACCCGCUCAAAGAUCUCGUCUCGCUGGCCUGCGAUCCGGCCAGCCAGCAGCCGGGCCCGUCCUGGUACCUGGGAUAGCGAAGGUCCUCGCCCCCCCACCCAACGCCCCUUGUCAUCACCCAAGGAAUCCCAGGGGGCACCCCAGCCAGCGCCCCCUCCCCCACGCCACUCUGUCGGUGGAAAACUAGAGCGAGCAAGAAGAGCCCUGUCACCUCCCAGCCCGGCCGAAAAGACAAAACAGCCACACGGACGCAGGAGGAACCGGAGAGAUCCCCCGUGGGAGGGGGCGCGGCGCAGACCCCCCACCCCCCGCCGAGAAGGCGGAAGGCGCGGGCGCGGCGCUCGAACUCGGUCCCUCCUGCACCUGCCGCGCCGCGCGCCCCCGCCAGG